AUGGACGACGCCGUAUUCGGUCGGCGACGAAGCGUGGACGUAGGCGGUCUCGCGCUCGCACUCAGCGAAGAAGGAUCGGGCCAUGGCUGGGGAGGGUGGGAGCAAACGGAGUAUGGCGGGACGCGUUACGCCGAAGUUCUGAUUGACGUCCGAGCGCAUACCGAAACCAUCGUCCACCAAGAGUCCGUCCAAUCCCCCCCCUUCACAGCCCUCGACCAGACCACGCGACAUCGCCUCGUGCUGUCUUUGUCUUCAUGGAACUUCGAGCCGCACAAGCUCCCCGAAGAGGAAAUCGUCGCGUGCUCUUACAUCCUCUUCGAGGCGCUAUUCCGCAUUCAGGGCAUGGAGGAUGCGGUCGGCGUCCCCCUCGCCCGUCUCGCCUCCUUUCUCUCCCAUCUGCGCCAGGUCUACCGUCAGGGAAACUCCUAUCAUAACUUCCAGCACGCCUUGGAUGUAUUUCAGGCAACCUACCACUUCCUGUAUUGCGCGGGCAUGGUGCCUCCUGUAUCCAUACUGUUGCACGCAGACGCCCGGAGCUGGGAAAGAGAUAAAUUAAAUCCGAGCGAUCGUCUACUAUCUUGCCUGACCGCCGAAGAUCUCUUUGCACUAUCGAUUGCGGCUGUCGGCCAUGAUGUCGGCCAUCCAGGACUCACGAACGCCUUCAUGAAAAACGCAAAGACCCCUCUCGCGGUCGUCUAUGACGACAAGUCCGUCCUCGAGCAGAUGCACUACUCCCUCAUUCUCCAGCUCAUGCGACACAACGGCCUCGGCUCUCUCCUCGACCGGCCAAAUUCCGGACCACUCUUCCGCAAGCUCCUCCUCGGCACUGUCCUCGCCACGGAUCUCAGCCUUCACCAGGAGUUCAUGACAAACUUUGCGGAUCUCGUCGCCGGUGGAGAGGUGGGCGAGCACAAGCGCAAAGUCCUGCUAUGUCAGGCGCUGAUAAAGUGUGCGGACAUCAGCAAUCCCGUGAGCGCGCUCUCGUUUCACCCGACGCCUUUUCGCUCAUCGCGCCUCCCCUCCCAGUGUCGUCCUUAUGGUGUGUCGAAGCACUGGGUGACUGCGCUUGAGAGCGAGUGGAGCUGCCAGCUGCUUCUAGAACGACAUUUGCACCUCCCCGCUACCGUAAAACCUUCAGAUGACGCACUCGGUGAGGCACGAGGCCAGGUCUGGUUCAUCAGCAUGUUUGCGCGUCCAUUGUUCGAGCUUGUCGCCAAGGGUAUAACUGGUGAGCAUGGAAAACCUAUGGCCCAUUCCGACUGUGUGUCAUUGUCUUUCUCCUGCCUUGCAGAAUUAGAGCAGUUUGCUCGGCAGUGUCGAGACAACCUUGCGACGUGGGAGACACGCACGGCAGAACUUUCGGCACACGCUGGGCCCGCUGGAUCAGCUGCCAGUCCGCCUUUCACCUUUCAUCCAGGAGUCGCAAGCUUCCUUUCCGCCUUCCCUCCGACCCUCCCCGAGUCCUUCCGCAGCUCGGAGGACUCAUUGACCCAUCGUUCCGCGUCAGACUCUCACUCCUCCGGAUCAUCCGUCUCUAGCCACUAUGAGACCUGCGAAUCCGGCCCUCCCUCCCCAUUCGCGUUCUCAUCCGUCCAUCAGCCAGUGUCACCCACGUCGCGGUCACCGAAUAUCGAAAUGAUCUCUCCGACGUCGCCCCCUCGACCGCCGAGUUCGUCGUCUGUGAGCUCUUAUAGCACUCAAGCGCACGACGCGACGGCCGCCAUCCGCGCCGCGUACAAAGUGAGUGUGCGCAAGAAGAAAAGCUGGCACAGGAGCUCGUGGAAUCCUGGCCCGGGGGGCUUCCAGUCGAUCCCCCCUCAAGCAACGAUACGAACUGACGGACCCAGCCCCAUAUCGCCGGAGUCGCAAUUUGCAGACGGGAGCCCGCUCACGACCAACUCGUCUCCGAUGACCACACACUCCCUCAGUCCCCUCACCCCCCCAGAUACCGUCAUCUCGCACCCUCGCCCGAGCUUGCUGAACUCGCCUUGCGACUCGGCAUCAUGA